CGGAAAAGGCCAAAGGGUAAUCUGAGAGAGUCUCUUCGUCCCCGACGCUGAGAGCAGAGGCGAGGAGAGGGAAGUGAGGUGCACGGCGAGCAAGAGAAGAAGACGCCGGAGAUACGAGGCUCAGGUUGCCUUCUUCGGGCUUCCGGCUGGUGAUCCCUUAGAGAUCGGAUCGCCCUCAUCAUGUUCUCGUGGUUUGGCCUAUGGAGAUCCAGGAACCGCUUCUCGCUAGACGAGCUCCAAUAUCUAACAGAUCAGUUGCAAAGGGUUCAAUAUGUGAAUGAUGCUAACAAGGAUUCUGUUAUCGAAGUGUUGAGAUCUAUUGCUGAACUGGUAACUUAUGGUGAUCAACAUGAUCCAUCAAUAUUUGAGUUCUUCAUGGAGAAGCAGAUUUUGGGUGAAUUUGCACGAAUAUUGCGGAUUAGCAAGAUGGCAAAGGUUGCAAUUCAGUUGUUACAGACUAUCAGCAUUAUGAUACAGAAUUUAGAAAGUGAACCUUCAAUCUAUUACAUUUUCAGUAACGAACUCAUUAGUUACCUCAUCACAUAUUCCUUUGACUUUCAAAAUGAUGAACUAUUGUCUUACUACAUAUCCUUCAUAAGGGCAAUCAGUGGGAAGUUGAACAGGAGUGCAAUCUCAUUGCUUGUGAAGAUUAAAAAUGAAGAAAUUGUUUCGUUUCCACUUUAUGUCGAGGCCAUACGGUUCGCCUUCCAUGAUGAAAAUAUGAUUCGAAUUGCUGUUCAUGCUUUAACACUGAAUGUCUAUCAUGUUGGAGAUGAAUAUGUGAAUAAAUUCGUAGUACGCAGCCCACAAUCUGAUUAUUUUUCCAGUAUUGUGAGACACUUUUUAAAGCGAUGUAUUAACUUGGAUGAGAUUAUAGUUCAAGCUUCUAGGAAGUUAGAUGCAUCUGAUUCAAGUUCUUCAAUUCUCAAUGCUGUAGAUGAUAUUGAAGACGAUCUUUAUUAUUUUAGUGAUGUUAUAUCUUCAGGAGUUCCUGAUCUUGGAAGAUUGCUUACUGAUAAUAUAUUGCAGCUUUUAGUUUUUCCUUUUCUUCUGCCCUCUUUAAGAAAGCAAAAUUCUGGCACAAGAAUUCGCAUUGCAACCUCCUUACAUCUACUUUGCAGUAUAUUACACAUUUUUAAGACCAAGGAUCUGGCCAGUACUAUUGCUGCAGCUUUUUUCUGUCCUAUAGAGGCUUUUGUCACAAUAUCUGAAGCCACAAUAAAUGGCAGUGAUACUGAUCAAUAUGUUCGUCAGGAUUCACAAGAGCUUGGUGCUUGUCAUUGGGCUGCUCAAGUGGAUAUAGAAAAUUCAGAAUCUCCUUCUCCUAAUUCAAGUCAAUCUUCUUCAGCAAUCGAAAAUUCUGGUUCAUAUUUUACAUUGAGGGAGCUAUUGCUAUCAUAUAUAAUUCAUGGGGAUGAGUUGCAAGUUUUGGGCUCAUUAUGUCUUCUGGCUACCUUGCUGCAGACAAAAGAAUUAGAUGAAUCAGUGCUGGAUGGGCUUGGAAUUCUUCCUCAAAGAAAGCAACACAAGAAGCUGCUGCUUCAAGCUUUGGUUGGUGAAGACAAUGGGGAGGAGCAAUUGUUUUCUUCAACCUGCAUGCCAAAAGAUAAUAGGAGCACUGAACUUGAGAGUUUCCUGCUAAAACUUGAGGAUGAGUAUGGGUAUCAUGCCAAAUGCAACGUAAACCCCAAAAUGCAUAGAUAUCAGGUACUUGAUGCAUUAGUAAGUCUUUUCUUCCGGUCCAAUAUAUCUGCAGAGAUACUAUGGCUUGGUGGUUGGCUCUUAAGGCAGCUUAUUCCUCAUGGCGAGGGAGAAUUUGCUUCUCCUCAUCUUAGCCGACUCAAGGAUUCACACAAGUUGUAUACAAGCAAUCUUUUUGAGGAAGUUAAGGGAGCUUGGUGCGAUGCACUCAUAUUUGUCCUUCAAGACACAUGGAAAAUAUGCAAACGAGGUAAUUGUCUGCCCUACCAUAAAUUGCUCGAUUGUCAUUUGCUGGCAUAUAUUGGAUUCAUGAUUUAUUUCCUCAUCUUACUAAUCAAUUUAAAUUUCACUUGUUUUAAUUCUGAUCCGCUUUGCAUAUAUGUUUAUUCAUGUAAUAGCAUUUCAGGUGAAUCCUCUCUUGGUGCUGCUGAAAGAAUGUGCAAGAUGGUCAAGGUUUUUGUUCUUCUACGCCAACUUCUUGUUUUCUCGCUAGGUGGAACCUUAUCUGAUCUACCCAAUAUACAAUCUUCACUCGUUUCUCUAGAAAUAUCCAGAGCCAAAACUUCAGGUUUAGAUGCUGUAGUACCAAACCCUGGUUCUGAAAUUUGCCUAGUUGAUGCAAUACCUUGCAGAAUAGCAUUUGAGAGAGGCAAAGAGCGUCACUUCUGCCUCUUAGCGAUAUCUAGAGGAACAUCUGGGUGGAUUCUUCUUGCCCAAGAAUCACCUAUCAGGCAGCAAGGUGGCAUUGUUCGUGUCGCAGCACCGUUGUCCAGUUCUGAUCCAAAAAUCGACGAAAAACAUCCAAAGUGGUUGCAUUUGCGCAUCCGACCUUCCACUUUGCCAUUUUUGGAUCCUGCAAGAUCUGAUUCUUUCAACAAAGGGAAAACAAAAAAUUUGAUCGAUGGACGAUGGACACUAGCAUUUAACGAUGAGGAAGCUUGCAAAGCUGCGGAGGCAAUGCUCGUGGAGGAGAUAAAUUUGCAACGAAGCGAGGUGGAAAGAAGGUUGAUUCGUUUGCUCUAUGCGGAUACAACAAUCGACUGAAGGCGCGAAACCAUUCUAUGCACUUGCCAACUCGGUGCUCAGUUUCUUUUGUACUAGACUGCACUGAAGCAAUCAUAAGCCGCUUCUUCGACCCUGUAGAGUUCGAGCCAUUUGAUGCGAUUCUUUGUAAAUUAUUCGGUGAGUUUCACUUUCAAAUUCUGUAGUCCACAUGUUCUUACAUAUCCAUUGUAAAAACCAAUCCUUACAGGGA